AUGGAAAUAGUAGAAUGGAACAACAGUUCAAUGCACAUCACAGUGCGUUUCGGGCCAGGUGAUCAUGUUUAUUGGAAAACCUACCACAAACCGCAGAAAAACUGGAAAUCAGGGGAAGUGCUAAAACGGUUGGGAAAGGUGCUGCAUGAAGUCAGCUGGCAAAACGGAACAAUUAAACGACAUGCGAAUCAGCUAAGGGAAUGUUUAGUUAGAAACGGUGAGGAUACAUCAGAGAAUACGCUCGAAAGCCUGCCGGAAACGAUUAUUUUGGACGAAUUCGCUGAAUCAGGAAGAUCAAAACAAGCGAUAAGUAGAUCAGAUGAAAAAACCAACAGUAGGGCCAAUUUGAACGAAGCAAACACUGGAGAACGGUAUCAAAUUACAGGAUGUGAUGACAUCGCAAUCAGACGAUCGACACGAGCAUGA